GGAGACGCACAUCUCCGAUCAAAUGAAUAACUUUUCCCAGUCGCUGAUCUCCGAACAAAACAAAUUGAGUACAAAGAUUGACAAAGCAGAUGCAAAGAUCGUUAAACUGGACGUUGAAGCGAAAAAGCUGGAUGGCUUUUCGAGAAUUAUUGAAGAACUGAUAACAACGAUUGAUUGUAAGGACCCAACACCAGACCAUGGAACAGUAAACACCACAGCAACAACGUAUGGAACUGUUGUUAAAGUAUCCUGCAAUCAUGGUUAUGUACUGAGCGGAACGAACAUCAUAACAUGCAAAGUUGACUCUUCCUGGUCUGAAUCAGCCACUUGUAUACCGUAUGAUUGUGAGGACCCAACACCAGAUCAUGGUACAGUAAACACCACAGUAACAACGUAUGGAACUGUUGUUAAAAUAUCCUGCAAUCACGGUUACGUAUUGAGCGGAGAGAACAUCAUCGAAUGCAACGCUGACUCUGACUGGUCUGCAUCAGCCACGUGUAACCCAUAUGAUUGUGGUGACCCAACACCAGACCAUGGAACAGUAAACACUACAGUAACAACGUAUGGAACUGUUGUUCAAAUAUCCUGCAAUCACGGUUAUGUACUGAGCGGAGAGAACAUCAUCAAAUGCAACGUUGACUCUGACUGGUCUGCAUCAGCCACGUGUAUCCCAUAUGAUUGUGGUGACCCAACACCAGACCAUGGAACAGUAAACACUACAGUAACAACGUAUGGAACUGUUGUUCAAAUAUCCUGCAAUCACGGUUAUGUACUGAGCGGAGAGAACAUCAUCAAAUGCAACGUUGACUCUGACUGGUCUGCAUCAGCCACGUGUAACCCAUAUGAUUGUGGUGACCCAACACCAGACCAUGGAACAGUAAACACUACAGUAACAACGUAUGGAACAGUUGUUAAAAUAUCCUGCAAUAACGGUUACGUACUGAGCGGAGAGAACAUCAUCAAAUGCAACGCUGACUCUGACUGGUCUGCAUCAGCCACUUGUAACCUGUAUGACUCAGCGGGUCGCCAGUUCAUAUUCGGAAUCCCAGAAACAAGUUACACGACCGAUUAUAUCAAACUGUACAUUGCAAGCAAGCACGUCUCCAAGGUCUACAUCACAGCGCCAGGAAUAGGUUUCAACCAAACUAUAACAACACUUGCUAACACCUCCACCGCAGUAGUUCUUCCUGGCAGCCUUGUAACCACAACUGGUUUGUCUAACAAAGCUGUAUAUGUUGAGGCGAAUCAAACCAUAUCAAUCUAUGUCAUGGUUAGAGAUUUCUAUUCCUCAGAUGGAUUUUUACUUUUACCAAUCUCUGCUGACGCACGGGAAUUUGUCGUUGCUUCAUACGAACCAUACUAUUAUACACUCCCAAGUGAAUUUUUAAUCAUUGCAUUAGAAGACAGCACUUUGAUUGACAUUCAACUGAUAACAUCUGAUGGACCCGUCAUCAUAGGAGGCCAAAGCUACAGCAGCGGACAAAAUGUUUCACUUAAAAUGAGUAGAAUGCAAACGUACUUGGUUCAACACGAACAUGACUUGACAGGUACACACAUUACUAGUUCCAAGCCUGUUUCUGUUGUAUCUGGUGUUACAUGUGCGAAUGUUCCUCAAUAUGCAGUUGGCUGUGAUUUCUUAGUGGAACAAAUGUUACCAGUAUCUUUUUGGCAGCGCGAAUACGUGUGUGCCAAACUGAAAUCUAGAGGAAUCAACAGACUGCGCAUUUUAUCGUCAGUCGAUGGAACAUCUGUGAAUAUUGGAGCAACCCACAUAAAAUUAAAUAAAGGAGAAUUCUAUGAAUAUGUUCACUCAAAUGACGUUGCCACACCCAUUGAAUCUAAUUUUCCAGUUUUAGUGUUGCAAUAUGCCGAAGGGCGUGACCACGAUUCCAAGUUAGGAGAUCCUAGCAUGAUUACUAUUCCUUCUUUAAACGGCCAAGAAGCAGAGUAUUUCUAUGAAACUGCAACGCCUCUUGCUUACCAUUACGUCUCAAUAACAAUUCGCACAGACCAGGCAAACGGACUGCAUAUUGAUGGUUCUACCGUCAGUCGUGUCGAUGAACUGAAAACAACCAUAAACACAACAGAGUUCAGUGUUAUUCGGCUGUCUGUUACCGUGGGAAAGCACCACAUUUACCACGUGGACACCUACGUGCGUUUCGGAGUGAUCGUUUACGGGUUUGAUUACGCAGAAUCCUACGGGUUUCCGCUGGGACUACCAUGACGGACCACGAGACACGGUUCAAGUUCCAAGCGUUCCCGAUGAAUGUACAUGAUCAGAGGCUUUACAUCAAGUAUGACGCAACGCUCUGUGACACUUCCGACGUGACAUCAUCACACCGAUGUGACCAGAGACCGCAGAUUUUAUUUGUUUUGCCAUAAAAAUUUAAGCUGAUUCUAGUCAUUCUUGAUUGCAUGUUUCUUGGAAAAAAGUAUGUUGUUUUUUAUUCCACGCCAUAGGCGGAGAGAUAUUGUUGUCCGUCUGUCCGUCUUUCCGACCGGCACUUUUGUGUCCGGAGCCAUAUCUUGGAAGUUCUUUGUGGAUUUCAUUGAAACUUGGUAUGAGUAUAUAUAUGUGGAUACGAUGAUGAUGCACGUUGGCGUUGUUCAUCUGUCCAGAAAACUUUUGUGUCCAGAAGUAUAUUUUCAGGGGAUAUCAAUUCAACAAAUUUGCUUGUUUAAAUUGAUUAAAUUUAAAUAUUGUUCCCUCUUAUUGUUGUACUACUAUUGUUAUAAAUAAAUUGUAGUACUAGUCAUUAUACUAGAAUGUAUACUAGUCUUUUUUGCACUCAAAUUAGACCAAUAUAUGUGCUAUUUUAAAAUAUAGUAUCAAUUUAUAUAAACAAUAUUAGUUUUUUUUUAUUCUUCGCUUUUCGCUCGCCUGCCAUUAAAAAAUGGAAUAAAAAUAAAUUUAUUUUUAUUUCGCUCGCUUGCUCAAUUUCUGGUUAGCUAAAAUCCAUAGAACACAUUAUCAAUUUGUUGUGGCCUAAGCAACCUAAAAAUCAAACAAAGCAGGCGAUUCGCUAUUCAUGGACUGUUCGUUUAGCCUAUAUUACGGAACGUAACGAUUUUGCUUAUUGGACACGUUGUAAUGUAGUUGCUUCCCUUAUAUCAACAAUAUCUUACUAAACAGUGUAUUAUUCACUGCGCAUGCCAUGUUAAAGCAAACACCGUAAAGUGUCUUCUGAUAGCAAAUAACAUAUCUAUAAUUAUUCAUCUUAAAGUUAGAUAUAUACUGAUACAUGUAUGUGACUUUGAUGUGACAAAUUUUGGACGACCUUCUUUUAAACCAGUUCUGAGUUGGUCACUAUAUUAUAAUCGCAAAAAGUGAAUUUGUAGUGGAUAUUAAGAUUUGUGCAAGUGCAAUACACGAUAUGAUUUCAGUAGA